CCCCUGUGAAAUUCCUGACUGCCAGGGUGAUUCCUCCGGUCACUGAGGGCUGCUUCCUACUGCAGCCAGCCUAGCGUGCGCUCUGGGGCAAACUAUUUAAUAACCUCUGGAUAAAUGAUCAACCACUGGAAUGAUAUCUCCAGCGAUAAAGGGUUGAUGUUUCCACACCGGGCGCCCCCAGGGUCGCUUUCCAGCCUGACUGCGGACCGCUCUCCCCCCCUGUCAGCCUCCUGAUCAGCCCGCUGACCGCCUGUAGCUCGACCGCACCGCGCACAAGGUUCCUCUGCCUGGACAGCACUGCGUCGCCAUGGACACAGAGUCCACCUACUCCGGCUAUUCCUACUACUCCGGACGCUCCCGGGGGUCCCACAGGCAUGGGGAGCGAAGCCGGGACAGAGAUCGCCACAAGUCCCGCAACAAAGACAGCCGCUCAGAAAAGUCUGUAACGAUAAACACGCCUCCCGCUGAGCCACUGCUGGGCGACUCGUCUGUCCGGGGGGGGGAGCAGGUCCAGGAUGACAACUGGGGCGAAACCACCACGGCGGUCACGGGCACCUCGGAGCACAGCCUGUCCCAGGAGGACAUUGUGCGGAUCACCAAGGACCUGGAGGACAGCGUGGGGCUGGACUGCCGGCGGUACUUCACCCUGACGCUGGCCGUGGUCCUGGGCCUGCUGGUGUUCCUGACGCCCGUGGCCUUCCUGGUGCUGCCCCACCUGCUGUGGCCGGAGAAGCUGCAGAGCUGCGGCACGGCCUGCGAGGGCCUCUUCAUCUCCGUGGCCUUCAAGCUGCUCAUCCUGCUGCUGGCCGUCUGGGCGCUCUUCUUCAGGUCGCCAAGGGCCGGCCUCCCGCGGGUCUUUGUGUUCCGGGCGCUGCUCGCCGUGCUGGUGCUGCUCUUUGUGAUGUCAUACUGGCUGUUUUAUGGAGUCAGGAUACUGGACACACAGGACGACAACUACCAGGGCAUCGUGCAGUACGCCGUGUCUCUGGUGGACGCUCUGCUCUUCAUCCACUACCUGGCCAUCGUGCUGCUGGAGCUGCGGCAGCUGCAGCCGUGCUUCUCCGUCUGCGUCAUGCGCUCCACCGACGGGGAGAAGAGGCACUACAACCUGGGCCAGCUGAGCAUCCAGCGGGCGGCUCUGGCCGUCUUGGAGCACUACUACUGCGACUUCCCCGUCCACAACCCGGCGCUGCUCUCCGCCUCCAAGUCCCGCGCUGCCAAGCACCUGGCCGGCCUCAAGGUCUACAACGUGGAUGGUGAGUUCCCAGCAGCCCUGGCUGAGGGUCCGGGGAACAACGCAGCAGCAGGCAUGGCUCACUCUCAGUCCAGAGCCAUGAUCGCAGCCGCAGCCCGCCGCAGAGACACCAGCCACAACGAGCUGUACUACGAGGAUGCGGAGCACGAGAGGCGCGUCCGCAAGCGCAAAGCACGACUGGUGGUGGCGGUGGAGGAGGCGUUCACACACAUCAAGCGCAUGCAGGAGGAGGAGCAGAAGAAGACCCCGGUGGACGUGAUGGACCCCCGGGAGGCGGCACAGGCCAUCUUCCCCUCCAUGGCCCGCGCCCUGCAGAAGUACCUGAGGACCACCAAGCAGCAGCACUGCCACAGCAUGGAGAGCAUCCAGCAGCACCUGGCCUUCUGCAUCACCAACAACAUGACGCCCAAGGCGUUCCUGGAGAGCUACCUGAGCGCGGGCCCCACCCUGCAGUACAGCCGGAGCCACUGGUUGGCCCGUCAGUGGACCCUGAUCAGCGACGCCUCGGUCACCAGCGGCCUAUCGGACGGCUGCAUCUUCCAGCUGAAGUGUGUGGACUUCAGCCUGGUCGUGACCACCAAGAAGAUCCCGUACAUCCAGAUGUCGGAGGAGUACAUCGACCCCAAGUCACACAAGUUUGUCCUGCGGCUACAGUCGGAAACCUCCGUGUAGCUCUCCAAACGCUCUCUUUUUUUUAUUCCUCACCCUGUCUCAGAUGUUUUCACUUUGGGUUUGCAGUUUUUAUUUUUUUUUAUUUUUUAUAUAUUAUAUAUGAAUAUAUAUUACACUCAUGUUUGAAUAUAUUGAUCUUUAUAUGUUUGAUUUGGACGAAAUCAAAAGAGGCGGGAUGGCGCUCGCGGCGGUUUGACUCGGACGCCUCGGACACGGUUACGCGUGUAUCUGUGUGUGCACGUGUGUCAUUUUGUGUCAACACAAUCACUCCUUCCUUUUGCUGGAGAGAAAACCACUAAGGACGUCGAUUUUAUGACUUGUAUUUAAAUAUUUGAAACAUGGAAACCCAAGACGAAGAUGGUGCCUGUGUUGAAGAAUGUGUACCCUCUUUUGGACGCAUCCAUCUGGCGUAAAAACUGAAAUCAGACUUUGUAUCAAGUGCACAUUUAUGUUGGUUUCUAAAUGAAAGGAUGAUCUCAGCCUGCUCAAAGAGGCUCAAAGACUGUUUUCCUCAUCACUACUCCUACACCUGAAGAGCUCCAUACACUUGGGUGCUUCUUCUCUGAUCUUCUCCAGGUGCAGUGGAGCAACAUGAGGGAUAUUUCCACUCCAGUUGGGAACAACACACACAUGUUAAACAACGGCUGAACUCCCGAUGAUGCGGAUCAUGAGAGACGCUCAUGGACGCAUGCCCAAAAACAUUUGCCCUGCCUCAUCGGUUCACUAACCUUCUCAGGACGCGAUGGAAAGGGAGGACAGAGACAGGAAUAACCAUGUCACAAAAAAAAGUACUACUGAAUACUCCCUGUGCGGGUUACUGAAGUUGAAAUACUGUAUAUUCUCAUAUAAAAGGCCACAUUUGAGUAAUCCCUGAUAUAAACACUGCAGCUCGCAUUGUUAAUCUAGUAUAAUGAGUAUUUCCACUUAACUGCAUAUAUCAGUACAACAGUCAGGUCAUGUUGUUGACAUACAAUAUUGUUUUUAUACUUUCGUACUCCUGCUCAAUGUCAAACUACCGUCAACAUUUCCUGACGUUUUUUCACACUAAAAGUCCAGCUAAAUGUGGUAAGCAAAGGUGUAACAAGUACAACUUUAAGGUGCUUAUACUUUACUGACGUUGUUUUUUAGUUUAGUGUGAAAUGUUGUGCUUUUAUUCUGAUUUGCAUUUAAAUCAUUUACAUUUCAAUUUGAUUUAUUUGACGAUUUGUCGGACAAAUCACUUUGGUUUAUUGUGACGGAAUUUCAUAUUUUUUCACAAUUUUUAACCAAAGAUAUAGUUUGGUUAAUACGUAAUGAUUAUAAUCAUAAAUCCAAUUCAAAUUAAUUGGAUUAUUAAUAAUGAUAAUAGUUUAAACAGUCACAGGAAACCUUUCUGUAAUGCAUUUGUAUAGUUAUACUAUACUUUUUAAAGGUAACAUUUUCAAAACAGGACUUUGACUUUUCGGCUAAAUAAGGGCCAAUAUUUGAGAAUGUACAGUAUUUAAAGUAUGAUUUUACCUUUCAGGGCUCACACAGUUCACUUGUAUGACUAGAAUACAUGCAGUAAGAGAUGACAAAGAGUGUGUGUGAAGGGCGGAACCUCCUUUUAACUAGUCCGUCUGGUUUUCUUUGACCUUGUCUCACCUCGUACACAGUUUCUAAAUCUUUCUUUCACCUGAUUAAGCCAGAAGAAUGCAGUUCAAUGAAGCUAAAGGCACAACAAUGACACUUUAAUUUGUCAUAACUGAUCAGGCAUAUUAACUUAAGUAUUAAAAGAGAACUUCUAGAAGAAAAGUGAGUGAUGCUGAUAAUAUCUUCUGUCUGAGAGCAGCGUUGUCCAGUGCUGCCCUCUGGCUGGGAAACCUGAUAUAAGCAGCAACACACUGCUCAUUUUAGCAAACUUUUCCACUGUACACUUCUAACUUUUAAACCACCUUGGGAGAACUUUAAAAAACACACUUUUGCUGUUUUGAAAGGUCACAUUUUGUACCGGCAGAGGAACUUUGUACGAACCCAAUGUGACUGUGCCUCCUGUUUUUACACUGUAUCUAUUUAUGUAAACAUGCAUGUGUGUCUGAAUGUAUAUGUAUGCCAUUCCAGUUCACACGACCCCCCCCCCCACCCCCACUCCUCUACAUCUCCACCAUGUGUCGCGCUGUUGCCAGGUUACAGUCCUCUGUUGUGGGACGGAUACAUGAUGAUGCUUUGGCGUUUGCAAUGUAAGACAUGGUUCAGUUUCACAGCAUUAGCAUUUGUAAAAACAAUAAACAUUUUUAUGAAACAUUUGUAACAUU